AAACAGUUGAUAUCGGCCUCCUCGCUUUGUCGUCUCUAUAGGCUCCGUCGUCUUUUUGCGUUUGACUUCACGCUUCUUUCUUUCCUUCCUCUCUCUCCACCUCUUCCUCAGCCUUUAUUGAAUCUUUAUUUCUCUGUCUUUUCCCCAUAUUCCGUGUUUCAUUUGUGCUGCGCUGUCCUCUGAGAACUCUGUUUUCUCCUCCCCAACGCAACCUCACCCGCAGUCUUAAUCCAUUCCUUAAAUUCUUCCCCCAGCCGUUAAUUUCUGUAACUAAACUCUGCUCUUCUUCACCAUCUAAAGCUUUCCCACAUCUGAACACGAUUCAUUCAUGGCAGGCAGUAAUGAAAUCGACGCCAGUGAGUCCCAGAGGGUGGUUCCACUCAAUACGUUUAUUCUCAUAUCCAACUUCAAGCUUGCGUAUAACAUGCUCAGGAGGUCAGAUGGGUCCUUCAAUCGCGAUUUGGCGGAGUUUCUUGACCGGAAAGUCCAAUCCAAUAUAUACCCAGUUGAUGGGGUUUACUCGUUUGAUAUAUUGGAUCGGACCACAAAUAUUCUUAAUCGUGUAUUCCGGCCCGCACCCGAGAACCCGGCAGAUUGGGGCAAAGUCGAACUGGAGAAACCUCUGAGCACGACGGAGGUCAUCCCUGUCAUAAUCUUCUUCCACGGCGGAAGCUUCACUCAUUCCUCCGCGAAUAGUGCUAUCUACGACACGUUCUGCCGCCGUCUGGUUAAAAUCUGCAAAUGCGUGGUUGUUUCCGUCAACUACCGCCGGUCGCCGGAGCACAGGUACCCAUGUGCGUACGAGGACGGCUGGUCGGCUCUCAAAUGGGUCAAAUCCAGACCGUGGUUGCAGAGCGGCAAAGAUGGGAAUUACAAGGUCCAUGUCUAUCUCGCCGGCGACAGCUCCGGCGGGAACAUUGCUCACCACGUGGCAGUCCGGGCUGCAGAGGAAAGUUCAGAUUUUGAAAUACUGGGUAAUAUUCUCCUCCACCCAAUGUUCGGAGGGGAGGGAAGGACCGAAUCGGAGAAGGAGUUGGACGGAAAAUAUUUCGUGACGGUUAGAGACAGAGACUGGUAUUGGAGGGCGUUCUUGCCGGAAGGGGAAGACAGAGAUCAUCCGGCGUGUAAUAUAUUCGGGCCAAGAAGUAGUAAAAAUCUUGAAGGGUUAAAACUGUUUCCGAAGAGCCUUGUUUGUGUGGCCGGUUUGGAUCUUUCUCAAGAUUGGCAAUUAGGUUAUGUUGAAGGGCUUGAGAAAUGUGGGCAUGAGGUUAAACUUCUUCAUCUCAAGAAGGCGACCAUCGGUUUCUAUUUCUUGCCAAACAAUGACCAUUACGUUUGCCUUAUGGACGAGAUUACCCAUUUCAUCCAUCCCAAUUCUUGUCCACAUUAAUCACCUAACCACCUCUUUCAUUUGUUUAGAUCUACUACUAUAGUUGAUAUAACAUAAGCUUUUUUCGCUCCCCUUCUCCGGUAAGGGCUCGUUCGGGAGUGUCAUUUGGUCCGAAUAAGGAAAAGGGUACCGUAUACGUCCGCUCCCGCAUAAGAAAAUACUUGUACGAGUAACUUAAAAGCUACUUAUUUUGAGUAAUCUGUUGAUUAAUAAGCUAGAAUUGGGUACCAAGCAAAGCCUCAAUGCUGUGGUGUGUAGACUUACUUCUUACUGCAGAUUUGUAGUUUCAGUGUUCUCAGGUUUUUGUAAGACAAGAGUUGAUUAGCUCCAUGAUAUGUGUUAUAAUGAUAUACAUUGAUACUCUGUUGCUUCCAGCAUUUAUUUAGAGUACCAGAAGCUAUCUUAGGAGAUUUAUGUGGAUUGGGAAAUAUGUCAUAUGUGAUGUAUUUGAUUAACAUUGCUUGUAUGUUAACUUGCUGUAUCUUUAAAAAAAAUUAUAAGCAUUUGGCUUUGUUCAUUUCUUGGAGCAAUCUCCUCACUUUGGGCAAAA